UCCCGGCGCAAUGCCGGCCGUGGCCGUAUCGCAGCAUUAGAGCCUCUGCCGCCGCCGCCGAGGCGUUGCCCGAGGAGCGAGACGAUGCCGCAUCUGGAAGGCGGGUCACUGGUGGUCGGGGGGCACGAGCUCCUCGCGAGCGCCCCACCCAACGUCGCCCUCCGCUCCGCCGCCAUCGCCGCCGCCCCGGGCGCCGCGUUCCUUGGCGCCACGGCUCCGGCGCCGUCCAGCCGCCACGUGUUCUCCCUCGGUACCCUCGCCAGGGGGUGGAGGUGGUUGUCCCUGUUCAGGUUCAAGAUCUGGUGGAUGAUCCCGACCAUGGGCGAGGACGCCGCCGGCGUUCAAGCGGAGACGCAGAUGCUGCUCCUGGAGGCGAGAAACGGGGCGGGUGCGGCAGCGGCGGGGGAAGCGUUGUACGUGCUCAUGCUGCCGGUUCUUGACGGCGGAUUCCGAGCCAGCCUCCAGGGGAGCCUCGACAAUGAGCUCCAAUUCUGCUUCGAGAGCGGUGAUCCUGAGGUUCAGACACUGGAAGCAGUAGAUGCUGUAUUCAUCAACUCAGGGGACAAUCCUUUCAAGCUUAUGAAGGAAUCAAUCAAGAUAUUAUCUAAGAUCAAAGGAACUUUCAGUCACAUAGAGGACAAGGAGAUCCCUGCAAACCUGGACUGGUUUGGGUGGUGCACUUGGGAUGCUUUUUAUAAAGCCGUUAACCCAGCGGGGAUUGAAAGAGGCCUUAAAAGUUUGUGUGAAGGAGGUGCACCACCAAAGUUUCUGAUUAUAGAUGAUGGGUGGCAAGAUACUAUCAACGAAUUCAAAGAAGAGGAUGAGGCCCUCGUCGAACAGACUGUGUUUGCUGAGAGGCUUGUUGAUGUGAUGGAGAACGAUAAGUUUAGGGGAGAAACCUGCAAGAAUCUUGAAGACCAUGUAAAGAAAAUUAAAGAAAAUUAUGGAGUCAAGUAUGUCUACAUAUGGCAUGCUUUACAUGGGUAUUGGGGUGGUGUCGUCACGACAUCUGAUGCAAUGAAGAAGUACAAUCCAAGGCUAGUUUACCCAGUCCAGUCUCCAGGUAAUGUUGCAAAUUUGAGGGAUAUAGCCAUGGACAGCUUGCAGAAAUUUGGAGUCGCUAUCAUUGAUCCUGCCAAGAUAUAUGAGUUCUACAAUGAUCAGCACAGCUACCUUUCUAGUGUGGGUGUGGAUGGUGUGAAGGUUGAUGUGCAGAAUGUGAUGGAGACUAUUGGGAUGGGUUUUGGUGGUCGUGUUGCAUUAACUCAGAAGUACCAACAAGCUCUUGAGGAAUCCAUUGCUCGGAAUUUCAAAGGAAACAACCUAAUCUGCUGCAUGAGUCACAACACAGAGAAUAUUUUUAGUGCAUUGAAGAGUGCAGUUGCUAGAGCAUCAGAAGAUUUCAUGCCUCGGGAGCCAAAAAUGCAAACCCUGCACAUUGCUACUGUGGCAUUCAAUAGCCUUUUAUUGGGAGAAAUUUUCAUACCUGAUUGGGAUAUGUUUCAUAGUAAGCAUGAUUCAGCAGAAUUUCAUGGAGCUACGAGAGCUCUGAGUGGUGGUGGUGUUUAUGUCAGCGACAAACCAGGAGUGCAUGAUUUCAGUAUUCUUAAAAAACUUGUUCUACCAGAUGGCUUGAUUCUAAGAGCAAAGUAUGCUGGUCGUCCAACUCGUGAUUGCCUGUUCAAUGACCCGGUCAUGGACGGCAAAAGUCUGUUGAAAAUAUGGAACCUGAACAAGUUCUCUGGAGUCAUUGGAGUGUUUAACUGUCAGGGAGCUGGAAAUUGGACUUGGCCAGUGAAAGAAAAUGCUCCUGUUCUCACUACCGUCCGCAUCACUGGUGAUCUCUCCCCAUCAGAUGUGGAUUUACUUGAGGAGAUAGCCGGGGAUGAGUGGAAUGGAGAGACCGCAGUAUUUGCUUUCAAUUCAUUUUCUCUCGCAAGGCUUCAGAAACACCAGAAUUUGGAGGUUUCUUUAUCCACUAUGACAUGUGAGAUAUACACCAUAUCACCAAUAAAGGUCUUUGGUGGGCUUGUUCAGUUUGCGCCUCUUGGACUGAUCAACAUGUACAACUCUGGUGGCGCACUCGAAGAUUUGACAAGCGCUGAUGAUUCUUCGGCAACCACAGUUCAGAUCAAAUGCCGAGGGCCAGGGCGGUUUGGGGCGUAUUCAGCCACCAGGCCGGACAUUUGCAGAGUUGAUGAGCACGAAGUAGAGUUCAACCACAGAGAGGAUGAUGGCUUUCUGGCCUUUGAUCUCCCUCAUGGUUCUUCCCAGAACAACCUCAGAAACAUUGAGAUUCUGUACAGGGCUUCCUGAACCCCCAUUUUUCAGGCUCGAUUUCUACGCUCUUUCAAGCAAUUUAUGCUGUUCUUCGCUCGCUGUGGACAGCUACUGCUUCACGGGAGCGUGUGUUCGCUCUGAAUUACUGUAUCACGCGUAUUGUUUGUGCCAAUUUAAUUUGGGCUUGUUCUAUAUUUCUAAUUUGCUAGUCGCAGUUAUAACAUAGAGUUGAUAUUUUGCCAGAUUAUGAUUCCCAUUUUGUGCCAAUAUUAAUUUAGAACAAAAGAUCAUCUAUGUGCAGUAAAAUUUUAAUAACUUGUAUAAGAGGCAGGAAGGAAUUGCAUGGAUGAG